UUAACAUCGCUUCUACAGCUUUUUGCUGUUUGUGCAUUUGCAACAUGUGGGGGAUAUUCUGGCCAGAUAAUGGUUAAAGUGGAAUGCAUGGAUAAAACCCAAAGAAACAUCAGCAUCAAUUUUGGCUAUCCAUUCAGACUGCAGCAGGUGCACUUCAAUGUUCCUCUCUGUGAGGGUAAGAGGUAUGAGACGAUCUUCCUCGAGGGAGACUACUCUUCUUCAGUGCAAUUCUUUGUUACUGUGUCUGUGUUAGCAUUUCUCUACUCGCUCCUAGCUACAGUAGUCUACAUUUUCUACCAGAACAAGUACAGAGAGAAGAACAGAGGUCCUCUAGUCGAUUGCCUGGUUACUGUGAUUUUCUCGGGUCUGUGGCUUGUGAGCUCGAUAGCCUGGGCUAAAACUCUCUCCGGAGUGAAGACAGCCAUGGAUGUGAGUCUGAUACAGAUGCUAAUGUCUGCCUGCAGAGAUGAGCAGAACUUGUGUGAGACACUAGAGGAGCCAACCUGGACCAGUCUUAACGUAUCAGUGGCAUUUGGCUUUCUGAAUUUCUCCCUGUGGGCUGGUAACAUUUGGUUUGCCUACAAAGAAACAGGCUUACACAAGUCCGGUCAGCGCUACCCCUCCAGAACGCCCUCUGAGAAACGCAGCGAUAGUUUCAGGCAGUACAGUCAAAGCAGUUUUGACCAAUCUGGAACAGGCUUUGGACAGAGGCUCUACAGCCAGCCAAGUUUUGAUCUAUCAGGUGGAGGACUCAACCUAUUGCAGACCAAUCUGGGACAGCCUAAUGUUUACAGACAGAUGGGCAGUCCCACCUCUAGAGGACCACUCAUAUUUGUCAAUGAAAGUCAGUGAGAUAAGUGAAUGCAGUGUGGUUAUACUGUAUGAGGGAGAUAGUCAGGAGAGAAGAAUGAGGAAAAUAACAGAGAAAAGAUAAAAUAAUCUCUCAGAUUCUGAAAAGAGUAUGUAUUAUGAAGUGGGAAAAAAAGACAGAAAUGGAAUAAAUGCAAGACCCUAUAUUUAUGUGUACAUUGUAUGGUCACUGGCAGAAGAGACAGGAAGUAUAAGUGUUUCAUUUAGAUUAGUUGGUGGUUUUAUAUUUUUUUGUUAAUUUAAUUAUUAUUAAAUGUGGUUUAAAUAU